GCUUCAUUCUUUCUCGGAUCGCUGUAUCAAUGGCAAACUAACAGUCGCCGAAAUACUAAAGUUUCUAGAUAUUUGAGGGUUUAAAGUGAGCAGUCUGUGACACCUGUCAGAGAUGCCGGGCCUCAGCUGUAGGUUUUACCAGCACCGUUUCCCGGAGGUGGAGGAUGUGGUGAUGGUGAACGUGCGCUCCAUCGCAGAGAUGGGCGCGUAUGUCAGUCUGCUGGAGUAUAACAACAUCGAGGGCAUGAUCCUGCUGAGCGAGCUGUCGCGCAGGCGCAUCCGCUCCAUCAACAAACUUAUCCGCAUCGGACGCAACGAAUGCGUGGUGGUCAUCAGAGUGGACAAAGAGAAGGGAUACAUAGAUUUGUCCAAACGAAGAGUGUCUCCGGAAGAAGCCAUCAAGUGUGAAGAUAAAUUCACCAAAUCUAAAACCGUGUACAGUAUUCUACGGCAUGUCGCUGAAGUGUUGGAGUAUACUAAAGACGAGCAGUUGGAGAGUUUAUUCCAGCGCACCGCAUGGGUGUUUGACGAGAAAUACAAGAAACCUGGAUAUGGAGCCUAUGAUGUCUUCAAACAAGCCGUGUCUGAUCCCGCCAUCCUGGAUGGUUUGGAUUUGACCGAGGAAGAGAGAAACGUGCUCAUCGACAACAUCAACAGACGGCUCACUCCACAGGCUGUCAAAAUAAGAGCUGACAUCGAGGUGGCGUGUUAUGGAUAUGAAGGCAUUGAUGCGGUUAAAGACGCUCUGAGGGCGGGGCUAAACUGCUCCACCGAGGCUAUGCCCAUCAAGAUAAAUCUGAUAGCGCCGCCGCGGUACGUGAUGACCACCACGACUCUGGAGCGCACAGAGGGACUGUCGGUGCUCAACCAGGCCAUGAUUGCCAUCAAGGAGCGGAUCGAGGAGAAGCGGGGAGUCUUCAACGUCCAGAUGGAGCCCAAAGUGGUCACGGACACGGAUGAAACCGAACUGCAGCGGCAGCUGGAGCGUCUGGAGCGAGAGAACGCAGAAGUGGAUGGCGACGACGACGCGGAGGAAAUGGAGGCCAAGACAGAGGACUAGAUGAAGACCAACAGCAGCUUCAGUGCAGAAAUGGAUGCAAAUAAACUGUUUUUGUAUGGAAGCGGCAAACUAGUGGCGUUGCAGCAAAUUCAUUAUUUACACAAGAGUAAACAGUAUAAAGAAGUGAAAACCUGUUUUUUUUAUUUAUUUUUUAACUGGUGGCCUUUUAAAGCAUCACAACUAUGAUCAAUAUUAUAUUUCAGCUGAUUCAUCAAUGCAGAGUGAAAACUUGUCAUUAAUGCAUAAAUUUCUCGCUGUACUUCAAUCUC